CCAAGGCAAGCACCAAGUCCACUCCUCCACAGCUAGCUCUAGCUCCUUCCGUCUCCUACAUACAAAUCCAUUCCGUGGAUCGAUCUCUCCGACGAUGCCUCGGCUGCUCCUCUUGUGCCUGGUGUCCAGCCAUUUCGCGGUGACCGCCGUCAUGGCGCGGCAGUUCCCCGUCUUCCUCGUCGACGGUGGCGCCAUGGCAGCAGACGCCCCGUCUGCUUCUGCUUCCGAUGCCUCGCGUCUGCAUAGGCACUCCCUUUUGGAGUCCAGAUUCGCAGGGUCGCCGAUGGGCUCGUCUGACCACGGACUACGGCACGGCCCCUUCGACAGGCACUUCGCCGGGGGCAAGAUCAUACUCGGCGGCCUCGCGGUGGCCAUCAUCGCCGCGGUCUUCUGCUACAUCCGCAUCACCAGGGCCAAGAAGAUCGUCGAGCCAAAAACUUAGACUUCUUUCUCUUCCCUGGUCCAGUGUGCUGUGUAGGCCUUGCUGAAAUCCUUUUUUCAUAUCUCUGAUGUCUGGAAUCAUGGUGUGCUUGGAUUAAAUGCAUGAGUGAACGAUGCAUGUCAAGUUCUUAUCAUUGGAUGGUUAAGUAGUAGUAGUAGUCCUCUUUGGGUUGAGUAUUACUUUAUAAAGGGCCUA